AGUGGCAAAACUCGUUUAAUAUUAAUUUAUAGAAACUUGGCAAAAUCUUAAAUUUACCUAUUUCCUACUGGUUCCUGAUUUGAAUAUUUAAACUAACAAUUUGACCUUUACUACUGACUUCGUAGUCGAUAGUUGAAAAUUUGUAUUAUGUAUAUAGAAAAUAUAUAAAAGCCAACUUGAAAACAAACACAAAACGUAGCAAUUCGUCCAAAUUUGAGUGUUUAUUAGUCAAUUAUUUUUUUUACAAUAUAUAGGCUCUACUGAUUACAGUUGCUUCUGAAUUAUAAAAUAUGGAAAAUUUAGCUGCGUAGUUGGAUAUUUUGCAAUAAUCGUUGUAAACUAAUGCCAUAUAGAACAGGUAGACUACUGGUGCAAAUUCAACGGAAUUGAUGACAUCAUAUAGCGGACAUCAUAUAGCGGACAUCAUUGUGACGUGAAAUCCGAAUCGAAUAUCAUUGCGAACAGGCCAAACAGGAAAUAUAGCAUAGGUACUAUGUGGCCAGACGACGGAUUCAUUUUAAAUAGUAUGCUGUUCGUAAAGAGACAGCGCGAUCAGACUUUAGCUAUAUAAAUUCAAUUAUUACCCUACGAAAACCAGCUUUAUUGAAUUAUGUUUAUUAAGGUUCACCGUUGGGAUAUCGCCCUCAUCAGUUUGAUUAUCAUCGCUACAGUUGGAUUAACAAGUUGUUACCGCAAAAAUGGAAAAGCUGCUGUGGGUAGACAUGACAAAGCGCAAAGAAGUCUACUCAUCAAAAUAGCUUUAAUUCGAAGGCAAAAAAUAAUUAAAUGCUGCGGCACCAAGAGCUGUCUGACCGGCCGAAAGAAAACACAAAACAAUACGACAAUCCAAGCAUCAGAAAAAAGCAAAACUCUAAAAGCUAAAAAAACGUCAAUAAAAGAACAGAUAUCUACGAUAUCCCAAGAAGAGGCAACAACAGAACUGAUUGAGGAGGUCACUGAAACAUUGAUGCCAGCAAUAGUGGAGCCUGAAACAUCAACCGAAACAUUAAUGGCAGCAACUGUUGAGCCAGAGACAACAACCACAUCUCCUAUGACGACCACUCAAGAAAUAACAACAUCAACACUGGAUUCAACAUCAACUCUGAUGACAACAAUCACAUCACCAGAGACAACAACAACAACAUCGAAGUUGACAACUUCAACGCCUGCAUCAAUGUCUUCAACCACAACAACAACAACUACAGCAGCUCCAACUACCACGUCUACCAUCACUACAACCACAUCUACGUCAACGACGACGACGAUACCUACAGCAGCUCCAACUACCACGUCUACCAUCACUACAGCCACAUCUACGUCAACGACGACGACAACAACAACAACAACAACAACAACAACAACAACAACAACUACUACUACUACUACUACUACUACUCCAACAACUACAGCAGCUCCCACUACCACGUCUACCACUACAACCACAUCUACGUCAACGACGACGACGACGACGACAACAACAACAACAACAACUACUACUACAACCACAACAACUCCAUGCCCUGAUACAUUCAAGGUUUCAGGGGGUUUUACUACCUGGGAAAGUGCUAGAUUAGACUGCAACCGAAUGGCUAUGGAUUUGCUAGUUUUGGAAACAAGAGUAGAAGAAGGAUGCUUUUCUGAGUAUCUCCAAAAGCAAGGUAGGUCAGAUGACACUUUUUGGAUAGGCAUGCAUUCUAUAAGGAUACCAUCGUUUGCUUGGAUCAACGAUGCCUCAAUUAAUUUUACCUCGUGGGAUACAGGAUUUCCAACGACUGCACCAAAAGAUUAUUGUGUCACUAUCAAAAACGGUAACUGGACAAACCAGAGGUGCACAAACAUAAACUACUUUGCUUGCGAAAAGUCGACAACAUUACCAACUCCCAAGAGCGGUAAUCCAACAUUAUCGUUGUAUUUUACAACACCUGAAAAGUUAAGUUGGGAUGCAUCGCGCACUGCAUGUAUAAACUACGGUUUCGGCGAUCUUGCUACCGCAGAAACGCCCGAGGAGGAUGAGUUCGUUAGAAGAGUUAUUAGAGCAAACGGACUUGAAAAUGAAUACGUUUGGAUGUCUCUGAAUUGCAUAAAUGAACCAUUCUAUAAUCACUGGCUUACUGGUGCAAACACAACCUACUCUUCAUGGAAACCUGGAGAACCAGCACAAUACCCCGUUGAAAGAUGUGCUGCUUAUUGGCAAAAUGGGUGGUGUGAUUUGCCAUGUUCAUAUGCAGCUAAAUACUUUUGUGAGAAAUCUGAGAUUUGAAUUGGUUUAAACUUUCCUCGUUUGAAAAAGCCUUUCAAAAUUUUUGCUCAGUACUUAAAACGCAGAAAUUGUUGGUUCCCAUCGUGGUAGAUAAAAAUAAACUUCAAUAAUA